AACCCCCCUGCGUCUGCGUUACGCGUCCCUGUCUUUUUGUGCAAGACCCCCCAUCGAGAAAAAACCCUACUUUGCUUGUGGACUUGAGCUCAGAAAGGCAACGCCCCAAGUGGGUUUCGUAGGUUUUAUGGAAGAGUACACUCUCGUGGUGAGGAAGCCCUGUUUUGGCUUGCCUACUACUUGCCCUUCGUGCUUGCCGGUCUUCUUCUACCUCAAGUUUGCUAAUGUUCCCUUUCACUUGGAUUACAAUCUUACCUACCCUGACUCUGAUAAAAUCCCUUAUAUUGAAUCUGGUGAGUACGUGACUUAUAAUAAUGAGAAGGGUGGCAUUAUCGAAAGACUGAAAGAAGAUUGCAUUGCUGAUUUGGACACUGAACUUCGCUCAGUUCCGGAAUGGAUAUCUACAAAGGCAAUGAUUAGCUCCUGGCUUGCUGAUGCAAUCAAGUAUGAACUCUGGUUGGGAACAGAUGGUAGUUCUGCCGAAACGAUAUAUUAUUCUGAUCUCCCAUGGCCAAUUGGAAAGAUUCUAUUCUUAAAGCAACUGCACAAAGUAAAGCAGGAACUUGGGAUUACCAAAGACAAUUCUGAGAAAAUAGAAGAACAGACAUACAAGAGAGCCAGCCUUGCAUUUGGAGCCCUGUCAAGCAGGUUGGAGGAACAUAACUUUUUAUUUGAAAACAGGCCAUCAAGUUUGGAUGCACUCUUUCUUGGGCAGGCACUUAUCACUCUUCAAGCAUUACCAGAAACAUCAGUGCUGCGGAGCAAGCUUUUAGAACAUGAAAACCUUGUUAGGUAUGUUGAUAGGCUUAAGACAGAGUUCGUGGAUGCAGGUUCUUCAUCUUCAGUCCCAAACUACCCUUCAUCAGCAGCUCCUAGAAGAGGUCCUUCAAAUUGGAGUUCUAAGCCCAAGAGCAAACCCAAAAGGGAAAAAACAAAGGAGGAGAAAAGUUUUAAGAGAAGGUCCAAAUAUUUUUUGGUAGCACAGCUGGUUUCAGUUGUACUUUUCGUCACUCUCAUGGCCCGAGCGGAUGAUGCUGAAAUUGAGCUUGAUGAUGAUGAAGGAUAUGAGUAAAUGAUUAGGAAAAAAAAAGGUUUAUCUUUCUGAGUUAUAUUCUCAACAACAGCAUUUUUUUGCACAAAAACCAGCCAGGGUUAGCAGCCUGAUGAGGAAGAUUUUUUCAGUAAUCCCGUUCUUUCAUUUUUGUAGUAUGAUAUGGAUGGAAAAUUUUGGAAAAUAAGCACCUUUAUAAUUACAUGAUAUGAUUUAUUGGAAAGAUCGAGUUAGAAACGUAGACUUUGGGGCUUGAAAGAUAUUCUCCUAACCUGUAAGAUUCCAACGUUUGACUUUUGAAACAAUGUUGACAGUGUGUAAAUUUUGUUCAA